GAACUUGUGUGUACCAUUAAAUACCAUUAAAUCGAGAACUUGGUACCACUUAUUGUUUUGCUUCACCUGGCAACACUGGUACCAAGUACAAAGUUGGUACGACUGCCUAUUUUGAUGAUCUGUGAAAAAUUUGACGAAAAACGUUGUAAAUUUCGUUUUGGGUUCCUAAUAACUAAAGGUUUAUUUGUUAUAUGAGUGUUUUUUGGUAAUAAUAAAGAGUUUUUGUGCGGGUAUAGUAAUAAAUAAAGUUCUUCUCUAAUCUAUAGUAACAACACUAAUUCCUGAAGGCGAUAUGGAAAACGAAACAAUGAACCAGUUCACCAAUGAUCUCUUGAAAGAAAAACUAUUCAACUGCCAGAUUUGCGAUGAAAUUUGCACGUCUGAAAUAUUACUGGUCAAAGGCAAAGGAAACGUGUGUGGAAAAUGUUUUGAGGAAAAGUGCGGGGAGGAACUGAAAUCGAGAGCAGAAUUAAACACGGCUCUAAUCUUUAUUCUCUCCAAACUUAAUUUGCCGUGCAAAUUUCAAUCCAAAGGCUGCGCUGAAAGGAUCGCGUCCAAGAAGUAUUUCAAGCACAUUGCAAGAUGUGAAUUUAAAACAAAACCCUGCCCCAUGGUCAAUGUUAAAAGUUGUAAAUGGAGUGGAAAUAAUCUGGAAGUAGCCGAACAUAUUCAAGAGGUUCAUAAAGAAGAUGUUAUUAAAAGUGAUAAUAAUAUAUUUAAAGUUGAGGCGUCUUUGACUGAGGGUUUCAGUGUCAAGUUAUUAUCCGACGACUACAACAACUGUAUUUUGGAGACUUCAGUUCUAGAUAAUACAUUUUACUACGCUUUACAUGAAGUUAAACACUCUGAGGAAAAUAUGGAAUAUUCCGUCAAACACAAGAGUAUUGAAACAUCAAACAAAACAGUAAUAAACACGGUGGGUACUCUUACUAAAUUGAAUGGAAUUUAUAAUGAAAUGAACUUGUAUAAAAACCCUAACGCGACUGCGGUGGAUCUUGAUGCGUUGGAUAUUCUUGCAGAUGAAAAAGAUAUGAUAAUAAACGAAUUCAAUCUUAACCCGAAGGGCGUUGACGAAAACAUUCUUAAACUAUUAGAAUGUCCUGUCUGCAUGAACACUAUGAGGACGCCAAUUUAUCUGUGCUCUCAAGGACAUAGUGUUUGUGUACUGUGUCAUGAGGAGUUAGAUGAAUGUCCAACAUGUAAAAACAAGUGGAGCAAUGGAAGAAACUACUUGAUAGAACACCAUUUGACAGAUAUCAAAUAUCCGUGUAGGUACAAUAAAUUUGGGUGCAAAAAAAUUGACGUUGAAAAUCGACUAAAUAAACACGAAGAAUCAUGUGUUUUCACAGUCUAUCAAUGUCCUAUGGGUUGUUCAAAGUCUGGAAACCAUGCAGCCAUUUUGGAACAUUUAAAUAGUGAACAUGCAGAUAUGAAAUAUGAGGAAGAAUCAAAAAUAGAGUAUUCAGAAAAUAAAGAAGAAGCCAUUAAAUGGAUGAUGUUUGAUUUGAAUUUAUUUCGAUUAUCAUAUAAUUUUAAGGAAGAUAUAAACUUUGCGGUCGAGUUAGUUUGUUCUCAGAAAAAAAAACAAUAUAAGUAUAAAAUAACCAAAGUAGUGUUGAUUUCAAAAGUUUUAUGGCAUGCAUACAAAAGCGCCGUUUGCUUUAAUGACAGAAGAAACUGGGAACAGUUUGGUAGCUAUACUGGGCCAAAGUAUUUUAUGAUUUCCAUCACAGAAAGUAAUUAAAUUUAUGUUUAAUAAAAUAACAUUUAAAUCAUUUGUUUAAUAAUAUUUUGUUUUUUAAUAAUAAA